CGCCCAUCCAACCUUCUUGCAAAUGCAGCAAAAUGGUCAAGUUACAAACAUCACAACACAGUCAAAUUUCUUAUAGGUAUUAUGCCACCGGGAUCUGUGUCAUUUAUUUCUAAAGGUUGGGGUGGCAGAACCAGUGACAAACAUGUAACAGAAAAUAGUGGUUUCUUGUCAAAUAUUCUACCAGGAGAUCUUGUUCUUGCCGAUAGAGGAUUU